AUGAUUUCCAUGAAAACAUUAAUAGUGAUCUUCUUUAUCUUUCUCUCUCUUGUAACAUUUUCCUCGGGAGAUUUGAUAGACGAUGUUUGUCGAACUUCUGCUAACUUCAAAGUAUGCGUCAGCGCUCUCAGAGCAGAUCCUAAGAGCUCUUCUGCUGAUAAAAGAGGUUUGGUACGUAUUCUAAUUCAACAGUGUUUAACAAAGGGUAAAAGUAUUUACAAUGAAAUCGUAAGUCUACUAAAGCAAACAAAAGAACCUGUUCUCAAGGAAGCACUUAAAAGUUGUAAGGAAAAUUAUGAUGGGGCAAUAGAUGGCGCUACAUCAUCAAUUAAACAUUUCGAUGCAAAUGACGGUUAUAUGACAAAGAUAUCUGCUUCUGCUGUUUAUAGUUUACCGGCCACUUGUGAAGACUCAUUUACUGAACUACAUAGGAAAUCCCCGAUAAAAUCAAAAAGCGGCGAUAUGCUUAAACUUGUUGGUUUAACAUUGAGUUUGUUAGACCAAUCCAAAAAUUAG